AUGCCGGGACGCGUAUCGGGCGAUCCGGCGAGGGUGGUGACAGUGUUUCCUCGUACAAGUGAUCUUGAUAUACACCUUCGUUUUCUUCGAGGAGAGGAACCGGAAGAAGAAGGACUACCAAAAAGACAAGUGUCUCGUUCUGAAGUGAAUAGAUUUGUGAGGGAAGGUCCUGAGGACAUCAACAAUUCCACUCUGGAUACCACGCUGCUCAUAUGUCCCCGCGGCGCCGUUGGCGGUUGCACCACCCCCGGCAGUAGAGUGGAUCCCUGGUGGAAUCCUGGUUCCCUCUUCCCCUCGACCCCUGGACCCCCAAGGAUCGACGAGGGGGCACCGGACAACAACGCUGGUAGCGGCGCCUUCCAGUUCUGUUCGCCCGCGACCCGUAACGCCACCACCAGCCCGCCCCACCAACCACGCCACCACCACCACCCCCAUCACCACCCCCAUCACCAGUCGACCGCGUCCACGUGCAGGAACGCGUCCACGCCGUACGGCAUCCCCCCCAACUUGCCUCCUUCGUGCUCCACGCAGGGCCUCGGCCGCGCGGACACCGAUGCCGUAGCCUCGCCCUCCACCGUCUACGGCAUCGCCUCGUCACCGCCUCAACCAUCCUCGUCGUCGUCCUCCUCAUCAUCCUCGUCAUCGUCCUCGUCGUCGUCUUCGGCCGGCAAUCUAAUCCUCUCCGCGCUCCUCGCCACCACCGCCUCCACCUCGGAGGCCCAGCACCAGAACGAGACCGAGAACGCGCCCGACCCAUUGAACGGAAUCCUGUCGUCCCUGAACGUCCGGAUCAAGACGGAGGAGUAUCCGGGCAAGGCACGAGCGGAGGAACGAAGGGCGGGGAGCAGCGUCUCGACGUCGCCGCCCUCCUCGUCGUCCACCUUCAACGCCACCCUCCUCACCUCCUUGCUCUCCACCACCUCCCCCUCCCCACCCAGGACCUCGUCCGCCCAGCGCCCCCGGAACGACACCCCCGAGGACCCGCCCCCCCUCCUCCUCCCCCCCAGACCCUCCUGCGCCAAGCACGUCGAGUACCCCCCCUCCACCGAUCAGGACCACCACCAACGUCACCGCCACCAUCACCACCACCAUCAUCAACAACAGCAACAGCAACAAAGGACAGGGAAGGUCGUCGUCGAAGGGACGUCGAGGAGGAAGCUAGACUACCCCCUCGCGGUCGUCGACCAAUCGGGGGAGGUUGUGGACGAGGGGGAGGAGGCGCUAGCGUACCCGGGGCUCGUCGUAUCCCCGGCCGGGCGGGGGAAGCGGGCGCCGUCGCCGUCGACGGCGGCGGCCGAUCGCGGCGGCCCGUUGCCCAACAACGACGCGGUGUCGCCGCCGACCGUCCAGCUGAUCGAGAUGAAGUACGAGACCCAGUCGGGGCCGCCCGCGGCGCCCCCCCACCUCACCUCGUCCGGGGUCGAGCCGCCGCACAGCAGCCAGGGGACGGGGAUCGUGGUCGGCGGUUCGCCGGCCGAGGUGGUCGGGGUCGACAGUCUGCUGCUGUCCCCGUGGGGCGCCACGGGGCCCGACUUCCUCGAGCCGCCCGACGUGAAGCAAACGGCGGCCGGCUUGCAAGACGCUUGGGACACCCUGCUCCUGGGCUCCUCGGUCGGGGUUGCCUCCGCCCAAUCGUUGGCCGAGUUGAAACCCCUCCCCCCCUUCACCGGGUACACCGGUCAUCUGAGCAUCAACGGGAUACCGGGCCAUCAUUAUCACACCAUAGCCUCCUCCGCGCAGAGGCCCUCCUUGCCCUCCUCCUCGCCCACCUCAUCCUCCAAUCAGGAGUACUACGAGCCACCGGUCGUGUCCUCGAGCACCCCUUGCCCUCAGGGUAGUAGCCAGAAGCAGCAGCAGCAGCAGCAACAGCAACAGCAGCAGCAUCAACAGCAGCAGCAGCAGCAGCAACAGCAGCAGCAUCAUCAGCAUCAGCAUCAUCAGCAACAGUUGCCGCAAUCGUCGCAGCCGGUCGACUACGACAUCGAGGACAUAGCGGAGAUAAUAGGGUCGGCGAUAGCCGAUACGACGGUGCCGGGCGGCGGGAACGGGCCGGGGUCGGAGCACGACCCGGAGGCGUCGAGGGAUUGGAUCGACAUUGCCGACUGGAUCGACACCGCGUGCUCGCCGAAGGCGCAGGAGACCACCUCGCCGAGCCCCUAUUCGCAGAUAUACGGGACAGCGACACCCUCGGCGCAGGCGCAGCAGCACGGGUCCACGCUGCAAAGCCUGUUGACGCACGGCUACGCGCCGUUGAUCAACGCGAGACUGCAGUCGGCGAACGCGGCGCUGCAGAACACGUCGUGCGGCGAGACGCCGUCCUCGACCAGCCCGUACCCGCCCGUCAGCCCGCCCGGCAGGGUGUCCACCUCGUGCAGCCCCGACCACCUGUUGCACUCCUCCUUCGCGGCCCCCUCCCACCCCAGGAAGAGGUCGAGGCCGGCACCCGCCUCCCAGAACCCGUCCAAGAAGAGCCCGGCAACGGGGGCGACGGCGCUGCCCUACGGGACCGAGUCGGGGUUGAUCGGGGGCAAAGAGAAACCCGUGCACAGAUGCACCAUCUGCAACAGGGGCUUCCUCAACAAGAGCAACAUCAAGGUGCAUCUGAGAACGCACACGGGCGAGAAACCGUUCAGGUGCGAGGUGUGCGGCAAGGCGUUCAGGCAGAAGGCACACUUGAUAAAGCACCAACAAAUUCACAAGAGGAUCGGCAGGGAUUAGAAGGAAUCGUCCUCUUCGGCGCCUCUUCUCUCUUCGUCUUCCUCCCCGCCCCCCCCCCCCACUCCUCCUUCUCCUAACGCACCGAUCCUCGACUAGGAUCGAGUUUACUUCGUCCCGGGAUCUGGGGGAAUUUUACGUCGAUACGGAUGCUGUCGAGCAGCUCCGUCGGUAAGAAAGGAAGAAAGGGAGAAGAAAAGAAGUGG